CUCUCUGUUGUCCCUGCAGCGUGGGUCCUGCCACCGCCACCGCCACCGCCACCACCACAGUCCCAGCGGCGGAGCGUUGAUGCAGCUGGUGCACGAUGUACAGUGUGGAGGACCUCCUGGUUUCUCACGGGUACAAGCUGCCGAGGAAGCCCCUCGCGCCGCACGAGGGUGACUGCGAGGGCCGCCAGCCAGCAAGGGCCAGGGCGCGGGCCGGCCCCGGGCUGCUGAACGGGUGUGAGGAUGGCCCCGCCAGCUGCCCCCGUGGUGAGACGUCGCUGGGAAAGGGGCGAGUGAGCGACCCUGAGAGCAGUCGCCGCCGACCGAGGGUCCACGGGGAGCCCCCGGACGCUUCUGCUCGCAGGAUCUCUGAGGCCGGGUUUUAUCAUCAGCCCGUGCUAGCGUGGUCCUCCCAGCCCCUGGCCGGUCGCAGCCACACCUACUGGCGGAGGAGAGAUCAGGAGGGCAGCGGCUUGCUGGGCCCACGGGACCGGGAAGACGCCAAGGUCCGAGGCAUGGCCCAGGCCCACAGCCUUCCGGAGCGCAUGAGGGAGGGGCCCCGGGAAGUCGGAGGAAGGACAGAGGAUGUGAUGAGGAAGGUGGUCUGGGAAGAAGAGCUGGGAAUGGCGGGUCCUGCCAAGUGGCAGAACGUAGGCCCCGGAAGCUGGAACCAGCCGCGGAAAUUAGGGAGGCAGAUGUCUGAUGGUGUCGGGGAGAAGCUGUUUCAAGACCUGCACCCUUUCGUGCGUGGGGAGCACAUGUUGAGCAAAGGGAAAUCCCAGUCUUUGCCUCGAGUUCUUUCCCCUGAGAGCCUGAGCUGCAUCGACAUUCCCAUCCCGUUAAGCGACGGGCCUUUACCGGCUGUUCCUAAAGGGCCAUUUCAUUCUCCAAAUUGUGUGCCUGACUUGGAAGCCGCCAGGAACCCCGAGAAGGGUGGCUCCUCAGCCCCCUCACCCCGGCCUAAGUUUGGGAGACCCAUCAAGCCUCCAUCCUAUGACUCCCACCAAUACUCCAGGGCCGGAGCGGAGAUCAGCGACCUCACAGCCAGCCAGCCGCCCGACCCACGCGUGUCCCACCCAGCCAAGACUGAAGACGCGAGGCAGGAGCUGGGGGUACCUGACCCCGGCCUGGAGCCCCCUGGGUAUGUGCCUCCGCCCUCGUACCGGUCCCCGCCCCAGCCUGGCACAUACCCCUGCUCGGAGGAUGCAGCGCCCCGGCAUGACGGUGGUGGCUGCCGGGCACAGCCACAUUCUGGGGAGAAAGCUGGUGCCGGCGGUCGGCUCCUUCCGGGCUCCCUCGGUGCUGGGCCUGAGUGCAGCCCAGGCCCCCACUCACCUCGCGGGGUCCCUCCGCAACCCCACCCCACCACUGCUUAUGGCUCCGUCCUUUACAUUCCCUUUGAUGACCCUCGGAUACGACACAUUAAACUAGCCCGACCCCAGGGUUUCUGGGAAGAAGUGAAGCUUGAUGGUCAGCCCUGCCUAUCUGGUCCCGCCCCUGCCCCAGAGCCAGCGUGGGGGAGCCUGCGGUGUGAGGGUGCCGCUUGGAACCCAUCAGGGAAUGAGAGGGACCCCGCCCCUGCCACUCCCAGCCCCCCAUGGCUGUGGGGCCAGCCCCUCAGUGAUGGAGAAAAUGGUGGCUUUCCUGACCAAAGAGACCACUGUGUUAUCACACAGAGACAGCGGUCCGACGUGGGGGACGGCCCACUAGGACUCCCUGAAAGCCACGUUUCCUCCCUAAACCCUGCAGGCGAGAGUACCUGUGAAACUCAAACCCAGCUCAGAAAGUUUGAAACUGGGAUGCAGAUCAAGAAAAGUUCAAAGAAAAAAAUGAACGAGACGAUAUUUUGUUUGGUUUCUGUCCCAGUCAAAUCAGAAUCAUAUCUGCCAGAUACAGAUACGAACAACAAUGACUUAAAACCGAGCGUGGAUAAAAAGAACGGGCCCGAUAAGAGCACGGCUUUGCAAGAACAGAGUCUGCUCAGCUUGUCCUCCACUGACCUGGAGCUACAGGCACUCAUGGGAGGCCUGGCUGGGAGAACAGAGCCCCAGAAACAAGACCUGGGGCGGCCCGGAGGAGACAGGCACACAGACGACCUCAGGUUCACUCACCCUGCAAAACACAGAGAGCUCACGUGUCGUGGCUCGUGGCCUGGGCACCAGUACAGAGACCAGCAAACACAGACCAGCUUCCCUGAAGAAUCCCAAAGCCCGCGGCCCCUCCCCGGGGAGAAGCCGGGCGGGUCGCCUGACCCAGUGCUAACUCUAAAAUGUCUGGACCCUGUACCCUUCGAAGUGCAGAUGCAGGUGGCAUUGGCUUCCAGCGACCUGACCCACAGGCCUGGGGCUCAUCCCCUGAAAGGUCAGGGGUCCCUCAGCCCAUCCAACAACAGUGCUUUCUCCAGGGCUUCCUCGUGUGUCAGCCAGGCACCCGUGCCUAGAGCCGGCCAGGCACAGCCCGGCGUGGACAGCCGUGGGCGUGGCACCAGCCCCGUGUCCAGGGGUGAGGUGGUCAAGGGGGAGACCACGGGCCCCUGCAACAGUCAGCAGCUCUUCGGGCAGUUCCUCCUGAAACCUGUCAGCCGCCGUCCCUGGGACCUGAUUAGCCAGCUGGAGAGUUUUAACAAGGAGCUUCAGGAGGAGGAACCAAGCAGCCGCAGCAGCAGCAGCAGCGAAGAUGGUGAGACGGGGCAGCCCUGGGAAGGCCGUGCCGGCCCUGCAGCCCAGCACGCGGGCUGCUGCGAGGACGGAGUUGAGGAAGCGCCGAGGAGGCUGGUGGCCGAGGACUCCGAGCCCUGGUGGGGAAGAGUCACGAGUAAGUCCGAGAGCUGGAGCAAAGAGCAGAAGCCUCGCUGCCGCAGCCCAUUGCAGGCGGAGGGCAGCAGAGGAGCCGCGUGGCUGUCACCACCAGGAAGCUCCAUCGCAGGGGAGGGGGACCAGGAGGUGGAGGAUGGAGUGACCGAGCCAGCAGUCAGCCCAGGACCUGCGAAACAAGUAACGUCUUCUAGAUUAAGUGAUGCAAUGCCAGUGUCCCCAGUGGGUCCAGCAGAAGCAAGGGAGCCCCUGCUGAGUCAGGAACCCCCUGGUGGUUUAAGUGCCCCGGAGCUGAGCGAGGCCAGCCCUUCAAGAGCUGGUGGUGGGGAGCAGGGGAGCUCUGGGGUCCUGGUCCCCCUCUCUCUUACCGGCAAACUCCGAGGCCUCUCAGCACCGGACUUGAGAUCUGUGGGGCUGACACUGGCGCAAGAGUGGAGCACCAGCACGGUAGCAGGGUCCUCGGGGGAAGCCAGUGCAAUAGAAAUCCCCCCGAAUGAGUCCCUCCAAGCCAGGGCUGCCAGGAUCCUGGGCAUCGAGGUGGCCAUGGAGUCCCUGCUGCCGGGCGCCGGGAGGGCGGGGCAGAGCCAGCACCCUGAACCCGAUGGAGGCACCCACGGCCCCGAGUCCCCUGGACAGGAGUCUGUGUCCAGCCCGGCCUGCCGGGAUGAGCCCUUGGCAUCCACCGACGCCUUUCACGGCAGGAGGAAGUGCGGCUGGACCACAAGCCCUCUCUUCGUAGGAGAGAGGGAUGUCCCCCGACGGGCUCCCCAGGCUUCUGAGCCCAAAGGGGUGGACGGGGACACCCUCAUCCCCAGCCAGGCCCCCGAGCCUCAGCCCAGCCUCCAGGAGCCCCAGCCCUUCCAUCCCAAGGACGUGGGGACAAAGCCACCCUUCAGGUCCACCUUGUUCCAUUUCAUAGAGAGGACCCCCAGCUUGGCAGCCUCCGAGAAGAGGCUCCGAAGCACUUCCAAAGUGAUUGAAAGUUUACAGGAGAAACUGGCUUCCCCCCCGAGGAGGGCAGACCCCGACCGUCUGAUGAGGAUGAAGGAGGUGAGCUCCGUGUCUCGGUUGAGGCUCCUGACCUCCCGCGGCACCGAGUCUGCAGAGGAGGCCGAGGAGCCGACGGCCGAGAAGAGCUCCAGGGUGCGACCUCUCAACACCGGGCACCUGCUCUCCGAGUCCAGGGGCGCCUUCCCGCUGGGAGAAGACGGGCAUCCGGUGGCACGACGGGAGGAGAAUGGCGGGCAGGACUUCUGGUGCCCAGAUUCCUACGACCCUAGCAGGGUGGAGAGGGUGUGACGAGAUGCCAGUGAAACACAGGGUCCCUGUGGUUGGCUGAUGGCGUGAGGUCUGAGUCCGCCCCCAGCCCCUCUUGCCCCGUAAGAGCUGGGAGCUGCUGGCUUUUCCUGCGCUGCAACAUCCUUUCCCAUGGCCGCCAGGAAGCUCACAGCCCUCCAGAAUCGCUUUAUGGAAAUAAAGCGGUAGUCCACUGAAACCAUCUGUUUCCAUAGCACGAAGAGUUAAUACCUGUAUUUAGGGAAGAGUCACAGAGACUCUCCUUAGUGGUGGGUUUAGCCAAGCUGGUAAGUAGUUUGGUGUUAACUUGGCUGUGUGUGAAAAAUUCAAAUGCCGACAAUGUAGUGAAUGAUUUUGGAAGGACUGAAUGUCAGAAGUUCCCCCUCGCAGCCCCAUGCCCGCGGUCCACGCUCGUGUUCAGGAGCUUGGCACGGAGGCCGCUGCUGGAGUUUCAGCACUUUUGAGUUUCGGGGAAAUGUGAAUGCAUAUAUAUGAUCCACUUCUAAUCCAUCUGGCCUUCUGCUGCUGGAAGUCACUUUACUUAUAAGUCAUUUGCCAUCAGAGAGUAAAAGCGAUAGCUUUUAAGUUCCUGAAGGAUUCAGCCUUGUGCUGUAACAUAGUAAGAGUGUUAUUUAUCUGGCAGUGAAGUACUUUGAUCGUUUGCAACAUGCCAUCGUCUGCUUUGCACUCAGUAUUAUCUAUUUUUAUUUCCUGUAUGGAUGUUUAGAAAUUCUUUAUAUGAAAAAUAAUUGCCGGUUUAAAAGAAACCAUUUUAACAAAGUAACUAUAUUUCUUUUUACAAAAAAAUGCUAUUUUUCUAUGAUGUAAACAGUUGUUAGGUGGCAGAUUUUUAAGGAAGUUUAUUGUAUUUAAGAGUCUGUGUCCCUUUGUGUGAGAAGAACCCAGAGAGGGUUCACAUUUGCUGUAAAGCAUAUCCACCCGACCCAUUCACAACUCUGCUACUUUUAUUUGAGAAAGAGAUGUCAGUACAGACAUUUCUCAGGGUUAAUAAAACUAACUUUACAGAAAGAAAAAAAAAUUUUUUUUUAACAAAUGUAGCUGUUAAGGUUAUAUCUGAAAAUAACCCUCUUAAAACCAGCCAACAUCCUUACGACAAAUUUUCGCUGCCAUAUCCCCUAGAAUUACCAAAAACAGUUUCAUUUUUGUACAUCUAUGGCGGUCUGCCCUAAGACCAUACUAUACCCACCCACUUUAAAGAAAUAUGUAUUUUUAUCUAGAAUGAUCCUUAAUUAGUGUCCGCAUAUUUUUGAAAGUGCUAGACAUUAUAUGUAUGCCAAUACAAAAGUACUAUGAGGCCUGUGUAUUCUACUGUGUUUACUAUUGCAUUAACCUGCACAAAGUUUAUGCAUUUUGUAUGCAUUUGUCCCUUCUUUCCAAGUAAGGCAUUCUUGUGAGCUAACGUUUCCUGAAUGGUUUCUGGUCUCCCUCCUUUUCCUCUCCUUUUAGUUUUUCUUCUCUCUCUCUCUCUCUCAACCACCUUAGCUAUUUUUAGGCGUUUCAAAUUCCUAAAAUGUGAACUGUUGGAUGGUCUGCAUUUUGGCCCUAAAACGACUCUGGGCUUUCAUGGCCUGUUUUUAUCUGUACCAUAUGAUUUUAUUUCAUCAGAACUUCAUGUAUUUGGACUGUAAUAAACAACACAGAAUCUAAGCAGUUCUGAACAAUCUUUUCAAACCCUCUUGUCUGUGGUCUUGGUUCUUACCUAUUACUCACAGUCACUCCUUCCCAGAUUUUGGCUCCUGCGAAGUUAGAAUACUCUCUGCUUUUCACAGCCCGCUGAGAUGGGCCGGGUCUCUGCCAGCAAUGGUGGAAACAGUUUUUCCCAGGAAAAAUUCAGGAGGGAAGAGGUCACUUGCUCGGUUGUGGUUGGUGUGCCCUAGUAGAGCUAAGGACGUACAAGCAUAUGAAUGUUCUGACUUCCUCUCAGAUUUCCUUGAUCCCGUCUAAAACGUCUUUUCAUCAAAAGAACUAAGUUAUAGCUUAUUCCUCAAGAGAAAGAGAAGGACACUAAAGGGAAGAAAUUAUGGUACCCGGUGUGUAUCACUAACCAAAACAUGGCAUUCUCAUUUUUUCUGAAAUGGCUAUAUCGUCCAUCCCUGAAACUAUUCUGAAAACUUCAUGGAAGUGAUCAGUAUUUACACCUUUACCCUUAAUGUCUGGAUUCCAGCCCCUUUUUUGGAGGGGGUAAGUUGGAAAAUUUGACUUUUAAACUUUUAAACUUGCAUAUUCUGAGAUAAAUAAUAUUGUCGUCUCUAAUCAAAAGUGGCCUUCCCAGAGGUUUGGAACUUAAUGCUAAUAAUUCUUUGACUAUUUCUGUUGUUCAUACAUACACGACUCUCUCUUCAUUUGUGGCUAGAACAGAAGUUCUCAGAUUUUGUGUUUGUCCUUCUUUUUCUCAUUCAUAUGACUUACUGGUGUUUCAUAAUUAUAAAAAAUCAAUUAAAAGUUCUAAUUUUGACUAUUUGGACUAAAAAAUUAUAUGAGGAAUCACAUUUGAGAUGUGUUUGUGUUUCUUGAUUUGCCAAAGAAGGGGGAAAUGUUGGUAAUAUAGCUCUAAUUACCUUCCUUUGAAGAAGAUUCCUGAAUGAUUGAAAACCAGGUAUCUUUUUUUUUUCAGUGGAGGUGCUAGGGCUGGAACUCAGGGCCUCACUCACACUGAGUGUGCGCCUCUGCCCCUGAGCUGACCCCCCCCCCCACUGAAAACUCAAUGUCUUUAUUGUUGUUUUGAACUUUACGUUUCUGCAAAGCACAGAGAACUGUCUGAGGAUGUGCAGCUCCUGACACCUUCAGGGUUCUUUUCCACGUUGUUCAUAACAAUUUGGGUUUCUUUUUAAAAACGUCCCUUAGAAAUGUACGUGCUUUCCAAGAUCCUGGUUCCCGUCUGAGGCUUAGGUUUUGAUUCACGUGGAAAGUCUAAGUAGAUCUUUUUUUCUGUUCCGUCUGACAGUUGGUAAAGGGCUGUCGUUUUGAAGUUCAAGCGUUUAAACUCAAAUGACUCUGAAACAGGACCCUGACCGCCUUUUCCAGCUCUGAUAGCUGGUUUAGGGCUUCUGGGGAAAGGUAUGAAGUGGAUCCACUGUUGACACAAGUGCCUCCCAGCUCCAAGCAGAAAGGGCGGCUGGUAGAUAAGAUUAACCCACCACGGAAGGUUAGGUUAUGUUUGUAUGUUUUGGCUAUUCUUUUGUUUUGUUUUGUUUCAAAUGACUAAAUAACCCACAAGUAAGUGUCAGAUUCACAGUCUCUUAGAAACUGACCAACACAGCGGAAUUCCCUCUCUCUGAACAUCUGUGCUUAGGGCUUGUAAGCAACUCCCUCGUUCUGACCGUCACUGCUCUGCAGCUCCGUCUGUGUGUGUGGCGGGGCUAAGGGAUGCAGCUUGAGGAAUGGAGGGAAGGGUGGGAGGGUGUUUCUAAAGCUGAACCCCUUACAGGCCUGGGGGAUUUUCGCAUUUUCUUUCCGUUUUGUUUUGAACUGCAGAUUCUGUACAUCUGUUUGUGGGAGGAGGGUGGCCACUUAAGACAGGACUUAAGAGACAAUUCCCAGUGACCUUUAAGAGUCAGCCUGGUGGGAGGUCCUUUUCCAGGAGUGUGGGUUGGUCGCCUCUGGGACCCACCAAGUGCAGAAAGGGAGGUGAUAAAAUAACGUUAAAGAUGGAAGGGUCCCCAGCCUGCAUGUUUUGUUAAAAAAAGAAAAUGGGAGUGCUGAAGACUGUCAUUCAGAUUGUGGCCUCUUGAAAAGUUUGGCAGGGUGUAGCUAACUGCCCACUGGGUCGGUCUGGGCUUCAUGGUCAGCGCAGGGAGGAGGAUGGAGCGUCUGCAGAUCCCUGCCCUUGGCUCUGAGAGCCCCUGUCACAGCGUGUGUAUUGCAGAGGACAGGCAAGCCCUUGCUCUGUGGCCCCUGCUCAGUGACUGAACUUGAGCCCACAGGCCAGUCCGGACUGUCGAGCUGUUCAUCCCAUUGCCUUGACCGGGGGUAAGGAGGACGCUCUCCCCGUGAGAUGACCCCCCUUCCCUGGGCUUGCAGCUCGGCCCGAGGAGGGGGCAGCACCAUUUCCUCCUGCCCUUCAUCCCGUGCACAGCAGGGCCGCGACGUGCACUGUUCACUAGCACGGGGCUGAGGAAGCAAGGGCCCGUCCAAGCUGAGAUGCACGUGGCAGAAGUUAGACAUGAAAACCAGAUGUCCCCGCCGUGGAGAGGAGCAGUAACCUACAGGUUAGGAACAUCAGCCAGGCCCUCUCGACUGGGCCGGCUGGAAGCCGAGCCCUCACCCUGGGGCCCCUCAGGAUGGCCAGGCAGAAUCAUCUCAAAAAAACAAAAACAAAAACCCAGAAACAAACAAACAAAACACUUGGGAAACUUGAAGGCAAGGCCCUGUAACCCCCCAGAGACCCUGAGCGAGCAGAGGUGAAGGGGAGACCCUGAGCGAGCAGAGGUGAAGGGGAGACUAGGGACACCAGCCGGGCUCAGAUGACUGUCUUUGAGGGGCUCUGGUGUGUCUCUGCACAACGUAAAGACUUGUUAUUUCGGUAUGGUUGACCCGCUCAGUAACACACGUCUUCCAAAUAAAGAUUUUGCCUGAAA